GUGUUUGGGGUUGGAGAGGAGAGGGGCGGAAUCCUCUACUCGCUUGCGCUGCCCCUAAAGCUAAGAAAGAACCUCUCUUGAUUCCUCCGCCACCGACCACCCAUAGCGGCGGCCGCCUCCCUUCUGCCUCUCUGAUUCGUCACACACACACACACGCAUAGCCAUAUACACAUCCAUAUAUAUAUCGUCGGAUUAAUUAUCUUUCUUAGUUAAAAAGUUCGAAUCUUUUUUUUUUUUUUUAAUACCUACCCAGUUGUCAAGAAUGGACACUUGGUACUCCCGUUUGAUUAAAAUCGAAUCUUGUGCUCCUUCACUAUUUUCAAAUUGCCUGGAAACAUGAAUCUGUAGGGUGGGUUAUCUUUUCUGAGAUUUUAUAAAAAGGGGGUUAUUGUUUUGGAAGGUAAUUUUUCUGUUUGAAUUUUGAAUUAUGGAUAAGAGAGGAAAAAUUCAAGCUUUGGAGUAUAAAAACAAUGGGUUAUUGUCGAAUUCUCAGUUGAGACUCCAAUGGACUCCCCAAGAUUGCAACUUUUAUCCAGGUGGUGGGCUAUUCGCGUCUGUAGGUCAAAUGGACAACAAUGAAAAUGGCAGUUUUAAGUUUCUGAAUGCCGAUUUAUUUGUGAAGUAUGUUUCAUCGCCUGAGAGGUUUAAUAUUGUGGGUGUGCAGGAGGAGGAGAAAAAGGUGGUUAAGAAGAAGAAAAAUGGGCUUAGGCUUAAGGUUAAGAUUGAAAAUCCUUCAUUGAGGAGGUUGAUUAGUGGUGCAAUUGCUGGGGCGGUUUCGAGGACUGCUGUAGCUCCAUUGGAGACGAUAAGGACUCAUUUGAUGGUUGGGAGUAGUGGUCAUUCGACUAUGGAGGUAUUAAUUAAUAUUAUGAAGACUGAUGGAUGGCCAGGAUUGUUUAGGGGAAAUUUUGUUAAUGUGAUUCGAGUUGCACCAAGCAAAGCCAUAGAGUUAUUUGUUUACGAUACCAUCAACAAAAAUUUGUCGCCAAAACUAGGGGAACAACCCAAAUUGCGUAUACCACCUUCAUUGAUUGCAGGAGCAUGUGCUGGAGUUAGCUCGACUUUAGUGACAUAUCCCCUCGAAUUACUGAAGACUCGAUUGACCAUUCAGAGAGGAGCUUACAAUGGUUUGCUUGAUGCGUUUAUAAAAAUACUACGUGAAGGUGGGCCAGAAGAGCUUUAUCGAGGUCUGACUCCUAGUCUUAUUGGAGUAAUUCCGUAUGCUGCCACCAAUUACUGUGCAUAUGACACUCUAAGAAAGGCAUACCGGAAGAUUUUCAAACAAGAGAAGAUUGGCAACAUCGAAACACUUUUGAUUGGUUCCGCAGCCGGUGCUAUAUCUAGUAGCGCUACCUUCCCUCUUGAGGUGGCUCGUAAGCACAUGCAGGUUGGAGCGCUUAGUGGGCGACAAGUGUACAAGAAUGUGCUUCAUGCUCUUGCCUGCAUACUUGAAGAAGAAGGGAUUCAGGGUUUAUAUAAAGGGCUCGGCCCGAGCUGUAUGAAGUUGGUGCCUGCAGCUGGGAUAUCUUUCAUGUGUUACGAGGCAUGCAAGAGGAUUUUGGUUGAGAACGAAGAUAAUGCAUAGAGAGCUGUUUUACAAAAGAGAGCUGUUUUACAAAUGAGUAAACGAAACUUAGAUUUAAGGAUAACAUAUAGAUUCAUUUGACUUCUGGUUGUCUGAUGUUUCAUCAUUUUCCUCACUCGAAAGUUUUGCUUGGAAUUUUCAUUUGAGACUUGUAUUUAGAGGUGAGAAAAAGUGCGUAUUAGAACCUUUCCAAGCGAUUUUGGUUUAUAUUUUAACGUGUUGAAGAAUGACCAAAUAAAUGCUGAAGGUUCUAAUUUAGCGUCAGAAUGAACUUGUCUGUAUUGUGUACUUUCAGGCCGCAGGAAUAAUGUCUAGUAAUUUUAAUGUAUUUUGGUAAUCAGAGGUUCGAGUCCUUGAUAUCGAUAUUUUAACAAGGAAUUGAUCAUUGGACAAUGAU